AUGACAUCGCUGGAAUCGAAGCUACUCGAUGGCAAAAAUGCGGGAUACUGUAGUAGCUCAGACGAGGGCGACAACGGAUGGCAAGUGGCAAAAGAUGAUGAUGAACAUCAAUCCAAUGUGAUGCGUCAUUUGGGUCCUAGCGUAAACACUGGAGCCAAAGGUGUGCUGAAAGAAUAUGCUGCUUAUGAAAGGCAGACCAGAAGAGAUAAAAGAGCAAAAGAUAGAGAGCUGCUGAUGCUUGCUCAGAAAGGGAUGCUCCAAGGUUCUAAUCUGGAGUACGGACAAAAUAUAGAGAACAAUAUCCGAAAUCUUGUAUUUUAUGCUUGCAAGUAUGAUUCUGAAGAAGAAGAUAGUCUGGAAAAUCUUCGCCAGCGGCGCUUGGCGGAGCUUAAAAAGGCGGCGGCAGGAAAAAUCAAGGAGAUUCUAGAAAAGGACCAAUUUACGAAAGCAAUUGACAGUUGCGAGCGACUGCUUUGUGUUCUGAUCUACGAACCUGAUGAUGAGAUGUGCCAGAAGUUGACUCAUGUAUGUAAGAUUUUGGCAGCUGAUUAUCCACUUGUGAGGUUCGUCAGAGCCAGAAGUGUGAUCCUUGGAAUGAGCAAAGCUUUUACUGAACAAGCGCUCCCAACCCUACAAUUUUACUUAAAUGGAAAUCUUGUCGGUAACUUCAUAAAGUUGUCGUCGUUGUUAGAUGGUGAAAUUGACGUGGACAGAGUAAGGGAUUUUAUCAGAAGGCAACACAUCAACUUGGUCAAAGGUAUUUACGUGACCGACUCGGACUCUUCAACAGACGAAGAUGAUGGCUGA